GCCAACCAACUCGCAGGAAAACCCUCUCCGACGAACUCGAAACUCUUGCCUAACCACCACUGCCGCUCCAAAUAACCGCUUGCCCCUCCGAUGCCGGCAGUAAUGACCGGCGGCACAGGCGGCGGUGGCGGCCGGUCUCUCGAUUGCCGUAGCUUCUGGAAGGCCGGGGCGAACGAGGGCCCCUCCGCCCCCAUCCGCGAGUUCCACGAUGCGCUGGAGACAGGGGACUUCGAUCGUGCCCGCGUUCACCCCAAAUUCCUCCACACGAACGCGACCUCCCACAAGUGGGCGUUCGGAGGUAUAUCUGAACUCCUUGACAACGCGGUAGAUGAGAUUUGCAAUGGUGCCACAUUUGUAAAAGUGGAUAAAAGCAUCAGCCCAAAAGACAAUAGCCCAAUGCUGGUUUUUCAAGAUGAUGGAGGAGGAAUGGAUCCUGAAGGGGUGCGUCGAUGCAUGAGUCUAGGAUUCUCAACCAAGAAAUCAAAAACAACAAUUGGCCAGUAUGGGAAUGGCUUUAAGACAAGCACAAUGAGACUUGGUGCUGAUGCAAUUGUUUUUACUCGCGCAAUACGUGAAAGUAAUGUUACCUUGAGUAUUGGUUUGCUCUCUUACACUUUCCUGAGGAGAACAAUGAAGGAUGACAUAAUUGUCCCCAUGCUUGAUUUUCAAGUCCAAGAUGGCCACAUUGUACCUUUGGUUUAUGGUUCACAGGGUGAUUGGGAUAGUAGCUUGAAGAUAAUAAUUGAUUGGUCCCCUUUUUCUUCACAGGAAGAACUGCUACAGCAGUUUGAGGAUAUGGAAACUCAUGGAACUAAGGUGGCGAUAUACAAUUUAUGGAUGAAUGACGAUGGCCUUUUAGAACUCGACUUUGAGGACGACGAUGAGGACAUAUUACUUCGGGAUCAAGGUCAAACCAGUGGGGGAUCAACAAGGAUCCAAAAAGAAAUUGUUGAGCAACAUAUAUCCCACAGGCUCAGAUUUUCAUUGCGAGCGUAUAUUUCCAUCCUUUACCUCAGGAAGUUUGAAAACUUCCAAAUUAUACUGAGAGGAAAACCCGUUGAACAGAUAAGCAUAGCUAAUGAGCUGAAGUUUAAGAAAGUAGUUACUUACAAACCUCAAGUUGCACAUGAUUCUCAAGCGGUCUCAGUGAAGGUAGAUAUUGGCUUUGCAAAGGAGGCACCUGUUUUGGGCAUUUUUGGGAUGAAUGUCUACCAUAAAAAUCGACUAAUCAUGCCAUUCUGGAAGGUCCUUCAGGAAGGAUCUAGUAGAGGGAGGAGUGUUAUAGGUGUACUUGAGGCAAAUUUUAUUGAGCCGGCACAUGACAAGCAAGAUUUCGAGAGGACUCCACUAUUCAUUCGGCUAGAAACAAAAUUAAGACAAAUUAUUAUUGAAUAUUGGAAAGAGAAGUGUCAUCUAAUAGGUUACCAGCCAACUGAUCCUAAAUUAAGAACCCAGUAUAAGGCCGCUCUUAAAGAUUCAGGUGAUGGAGCUAGGAUUCAGCAGAAAGCUUCAACCACUCGGAAGGCUGGAGGGCAUCUCUCUAAUUUGCUGCCGGAUACAUAUGAUGAUGUAGCUGUUGUUAGACUGACAGCUAAUGGGGCAGGUUCUGGUUUACAAUCAUCUGGUCUAGCCCUCCAAAACAAUAUGGAAUCAGCAGGCUUGGAAGAGGAUCUAGAUAUUGGCUCUCAUGGCGUUCUUGAUCCCAAUUUCAAUGAGAGGUUGAGUGAAGAAAACCUGGCUCUCUUUACAAGGCGUGAAGAUCUUCGGCAACGUGAUACACAGUUAAAGCAAACGAUUGGGGAGCUGGAGCAUCAGCUAGAGGAAACAAAAAGGAAGUGCUCUCAGCUUGCUGCUGAGCUUCAGAAACGGAAGAGCCAGCAACAACUGCCGUACAUGUGAAGGUUAGUCGGCUACUUCUGACUGACAUAAUUUUUUCUUUCUGAGCUGGACUUCCAAGCUCAGUACUGCUCAAAUGGAAACUGUUCCACUACAACUCGUGCUUUAUGUAUUGGUAUGGAUGAUGAGAUUACAUAUGACCAGACUAGUGUCGUGUCCGUGUGUUGUGUUGCUGUGGAUAUUUUUUUUGCAAAUGUUAAUAAUAUCCGUAAAUGCGGUCAUCUCCCUUACGAAUAGAA